GUGAGGGAGGAGGAGGAGGAGCAGCAGCUGACGGGAGACCCGAUCGGGAGGGAUCAGGGAUCCGGGAUCCGGGAUCCACUCGGAGCGGCCGCUCCGGCUCCGGCUGCGGCUCCGGCUCCUCCCGCGGGAUGUCGGUGGUUUUCGUCCCUCAGAGACUGCGGGGGAAAUGCGAAAUUAACCAGGCGACAAUCCAGAAGUUACUUGAUGAAAACAACCAGUUAAUUCAGUGCAUUGUGGAAUAUCAGAACAAUGGAAAGGCUGCAGAGUGCACUCAAUAUCAGCAGAUCCUGCACAGAAACCUCAUCUACCUGGCCACGAUAGCAGACUCCAGCCAGAAUGUGCCCAGUGCCCAACCUGUGACACUCAAUCAGCCGAUGGCAAUGGGGCCAGGGGGGAUGGAGCCUGUCGGGAGAGCUGUAGACUCCAUGGCAAGUGGAACCCCUCCCCCUGGGUCAGGGACCGCUCAUCAGAUGGCAGGUGUCGGAGCAGCAUUUCCCCAUGGGCAGCCUCACUGCCAACUGGUUACACCAAACCCCUCAAUAGGCCUACCCAUCAGUAGCCAUGGCAACAUGGGAAAUUUCAAUCCGUCGGUGGCUCCCCCACAGAGCCUGCCAACCCAGGAGCAGAUGGGAGUAAAUCUGGGGCAGGCCCUGGGGACUCACUUGCAGCCUGUCACCCAGCAGAACCAAGGUACAGUACAGAUGGAGUCCAGCACCACAGUUCCUGUACAGCCACAAGCAUCCCAGGGAGAAUUUUUCAACAACCAGUUUAACCAGACACAGGGUCCACCAGAGGGAAUGAACCUACAGCUUUAUACAGAAGGUACCUGGUAUGGACCACAGCAGGGGCAAUACCAGCAGAACCCUGGUUCCCACCAGCAGAACUUCUACCAGCAAUACACCACACAGCAGCCACUGACCAGCACGCCUCAGGAAUUCAAUUCUGCACAAAAUUCUCAAGGACAGUUCAGAAACUUCCAGCAGGACCCAGGGCAACAAUAUGUGGCUUUUCGGCCUCAGCAACCUGCUCCCAACCCAGCACAGCAACAGGCAUUCCAGUAUGGUCAGGGAGCUCAAUAUGGGGGUUUUCAGUGACUCUCCAAGACCUCAUCAUGUGAAAGUUUAAACUGCCAAUGGACUGCCUCGUACUGUGGACACUGUUGUAUUCUGAUAAUGAAAGUUUAAAUUGUGUUUCUCAUUGUUGAAAACAAAGUUUACGUUGUUAUUUUCCUGAAUUUUGAAAAUAUUUCUACCUGGAGCACAAGGAAGGGUCAAUAAACCCCGGCCAAACAAUGAAUGCUAAUUUUCUUCCAAUUUGCACCAAUACUGCCCCGUAUUUGAUGGGGAGUUUAUUGUAUGCUCCCAAAUCUCUAUUCAUCUCUCUCCUGAAGGUCCUGGCGCUUACUGGGACUUUGCUCCAUUUGCCCCUCCCUCUUCUCUCUCUUCGUCCUUUCUCUCCCUCCCUCUGAGGAUAGGUUGAGGAAGUCCCACUUUUAUAUUUGAUUUUACUUCUCCCCUGAUGGCACUAGCAGCAAUCUGGUCUUGCCCCAAGUGACUGCUCUUUCAGUUGCUGGAAUUUGGAGACUGCAAUGCUGUAGGGAGCUGGAGGUCUAAAGUCUGAUCUCACCAUUGCCCCUUGGAGGACCAGCAAUCAAUCAGCACAGAAGGAGCCCUUUCUAACCCAUUAGUCCCACUCCACUGCUUUUUCCCCAUUGCCCUGCAAAUUUUUCCCCCUCAAAUAUUUAUCCUAUUCCCUGUUAAAAGUUACUAUUAAACCUACUUCCACCAGCAUUUCAGGCAGCACAUUCUCGAUCACAAUAACUCGCAGUGUUUUUAAAAAAAAAAAUUCCCCAUCUCUCCUGAUUGUUGAACACCUCCAUCAAAUCUCCCCAUAAUCUUCCCUCGCGAAGGAGAACAGACUCCCUAAGUAAAUGUGCGGAGGGGAGGCAUUGGAGGGAAUGCCUCAUGAGCCAGGCAGGCUAAACGUCAGCCCGGAGCUUUUAACAAACAUCUGCAAAGCACACCAUCUCCUGUCCACUCGGUGUCCAGGACCUUGGAAUAGUAAACACCGGGGAGAUGCCUGGUUUAAGGUGAGAAUGCAGCUGUAUGCUUGGCACUACAAGCGAUGAGUAAAUAAUACACAGAGCAGCUACAGUUCAUUUGAGCUUCUUUGGUUCCCCUCUGAUUGGAAAGGCAGUGAUUGGACUACUUGUGUUGAUCCGGACACAGCUCUGCCACAUUCAUCAUGACCACAUUCCUCAACCUCUGCUCAGAGGGAGGGAGAGAAAGGACAAAGAUAGAGAAGACGGAGGGGCAAAUGGAACAAAGUAAACGUAACAGUUUAAUAGCGAAACACUUUUCCUUUGCAAACCGGUUUUGGGUACUUGUGGGGCUUUUAACAUGACAUGAUUUGGUUAAAAUUACAUUGAAGGAGGUGGAUUGGAAGUUGGAUUUAUAUGUUUUGGAACAGAAAAGAGUGAUCAAUUUAUUGUCUGUGCAGCUUUCUGAUAAUUAAAGUGUUUUCUAUGUU